AUGCCAAAAACACGAGGAGCGCGUUCGGAUACAUUGUUCUGGACAGUCGUGGCCUCUCCUCUCUUUGUGCUGCUCGUGACGCUACCGUGGAUACUGGCAGCUCCAGUCAGCGUCAUCAUUGGGUUAUUGUUCUGUUUCGAAACUGCAUCAACGAGUAACAGCACGGGGAAGCAAUGCUACGAAAGAAGUACCGACGACAACGAGCAAAAGGUCAUCGAGGACCGUGACAUCAAUAAUGCCAGUUGGAGGUCCAAUGAAACUGCAUCAACGGGCGACAGCACCGGAACGCAAUGGUACCAAAGAAGUAAGGAUAGCCGUGGUGGUGGGUCACCCUCGACCAGGACGAGUUCUCAUCGAGACUUGGCAUGUAUCUUCAAGUUUGCAAUGGAACGUCUCGUGGUGGUUCCAACACUCGUUCUGUUUUCCUUUCCCUUGUGCGUCCUAUUGUACUGCCGAAUCGUACUCCAAAUGCUCAAGGGAACCACGUGGCCAAACAAUGACAAUGACAGCGAUCGAGAUUGGAAACAAGAGGAGCACUGGGAUUACCAUUGGGACUAUACCGGAGAUUGGGACGAAGUGCUUUUGGACCUUAUGAAACUGGGGAACCAGUUUUACGACCAACAGAUCCUGAACAAUCUACGGUGUUGGUAUCAUAUCCACUUGCGAUUCUACACGUUGCUAGGUGCGACGUGGAGCGGGCACCUCGUGGAUACGGCAAUGACACCGCUGUUCUUGACCAGGCUCCUGGUUUGCAUUGUACUUUCCCUGCCGAUUGCAGUACUGUAUACGGCCAAGAUUUUGCUGUAUUAUGCGCGACAAGUCAUGAAUGCGUUGCCGGGACGGCUCUUGCAGGAUGCAUUCACUCUUGCAUUUGGCUCUCUCGUGGGACGGUAUUUACGAACGAUUAUUGUGCAACUUCCGUUGCUUCUGGGGACAAUGUUGGUUCUCUCGAGCAUGUUUCUGCCACUGUUGCCUGUGACGUACAUUGCUGUUAUCCGCAUGGCGAUGCAUUAUGAGCGCUACCGUAGCAGCUAA